CACACACUCAACUGAAGUCAAAAUUUUACAGGAGCUACAGAGACUGAGCUGACACAAAAUGAGAGGACUUGUUGUCUUGGUUACUUUGGCCUGCUUUGCCAGCGCUCAGCACCAAGCACUGAUUGACUACUUGGAGCGGAGGCUGCUUGCUAUUGAGGACCGGAUCUCUCUGUGGCAUGAACAGACCGCCCGAUACGCCUCCGAGCUGAGGGAGCUGAAGCAACAAAUGGUUUCCCAGCUGGAGAACUUGGAUAAAGAGAAAGAGAUACUGAGGAUGAGUCUGGACGGUGUGGGGACGAGAGUGGACCGGGUCGAGCGUGAGCUGGACUACCUGGAGACUCAGAACGGAGCUCAGCCGUGUGUGGACGUGGACGACAAGCUGAUAGAGCAGCAACUGACGCUGGUGCAGGAGAAGCAGAAGGCCAAGUAUUCCAAACUAUCAG